AUGAGAGGAGAGGAAAAGGAUAAUAAAGAGGAAGGGGCGUUUAGUAAAAGCAGGAAAACGCAGAGAUCGCCAAUGGGACAGAAGGGGAGAGAGGAGGAGAGAAAGUCAGAUAGAGAGGAGAGAGAAUGGAAAGAUGAGAUGAGAGAAAUGAUGGUAAUUUUGAUGGAAGGGAUGAAAGAUGUAAAAGAGCAGAGUAGAAACAUGAAGGAAGAGUUGGAGGGAUGGAGAAAAGAUGUGGCGAAGAAGGAGGAGAUGUGGAGGAAGGAGAGGCAGGAGCUGAGAAAUAGCAUUACGAGUUUGGAGAAAAGAAUGAAGGAGAUGGAACUGAGAGCGUUAGAGAGAAAAGAGAGGAAGGACAGGAAAAGGAAUUUAAUCAUUAGAGGGUUGGAAGUAAAAGAGGAGAAAAGGAGAAAAGCGGUGGUAGGAGUAUUGGAGAAGAUAAGGGCAAACGGGGAAGUGGAAGAGGUGAGAAAAUUGGGAAGUGGGGAGGGAGGGACAGAAACAGUUUGGGUGAGGAUGGGAAAGGAAGAUCAAAGAAGUGAUGUGAUGAAGAAGAAGUAUAAGUUGAAGGGGAGCAGGGAAAGGAUCAUGGAGGACUGGACAUGGAAGGAAAGGAAGAUGAGGUGGAGGUUGGAGGAGAUUGCGAGAAGGGAAAUGGCGAAGGGGAGGAAAGUGGGGAUGGGUUACGGGAGGUUAAGAAUAGAGGAAAAAUGGUGGAAAUAG